CACCGACCGCGUCUCUCUGUCACUCUUCCUCUCACUGAACGACCCGACUCCGGCCAUCUGCACACCCGGCACACACGGUUGUUCUAGUGUUGUGUUGUUCCGAAGACCAUAGUGCCGGUAGUCGCAUGUUAUCGCCGACGCUGGUCGUACCGCCGCCGACCAACACGCCGCGCCGUGACAACCGCGAGUCGUGUUCGUAAAUAUAUAUAGUGUCAACAUCACAAUACUUUGAUAUAAUAGUUAACCCGCGACAAUAAUAACAAGCGCGAUUCGGUGUGUACACGCCGUGUGUUGUACGCACGUACAGACAUAAGCAUCGCGACACAGACGAAAAGAUAUUCAAAUCCGAAACGUUCGUGGUUCGUCGAAGAAGAAAUGGGGCGUAAGCUGCAGGGUGCAAAUGAUACGUACGACAUAGACGGACUGAUCUCACCUAUUUACGCGAUGACAACGGUCGGCGUGGACAAGAACAACAACGGCUGGAUGGGCUACAAGGCAGUGCCCAUCGAUGAACCCAAACCACGGACCCCAUUGUUCCUGAUCGAUAAUGGCCUAAGCGCCAAGACACUAGACGCCAUGUUACACAUAUUCAUUAUAUGUUUAGUACUUUUCAUUAUUAUUAACUGUAUGUGUAAAUUUGUGUGGUUAUUUUUAAAAUGAUAAUGUUUUAUUUAUUAUUGUAUGUAUAUUGUGUACUGUGUAUAGAUAGUCUUAAGUAAUUUACUAAGAUAUUUCUAAUUUAAAUUUAAA